AGCGAACAGCGACAUUUGAGCGAAUCGACGUUUUAGCGAAUAACGGGGGCGCGCGUUAAACCAUCCCCCGCGCUGCGCUUACGGCGCUUCGCGGCGACAGUCUGGUGGCUCAUUAAAAAAAUGUGAACCAUUUGGCCCACCCGAAAACGCCGCUUCGCGGCGUCCGACUAUUCGCUAAAGUGUCAUUCGGUGAAACGUGGGCGUUCGCUAAAACUUCAUUCGAUCAAGUGAGUACCUCCCGAUGAAACCACGCGCUCGCGCCAGUAACCUUGUGCUACUUCCUGUACCGCAUUGCUUUAUUGACUCUGUUUCUACUGUACACUGACUCUGUUUACUUCAGGCAUAUAUGCAUUUCGUAACGCGUUCAUCAGAAACGCCACGAAUAUUUUAAUAAUUCGGUAUAUCGCGCCCUCCCAUGGCCACCUCUAGAAAAGUUACCUGCACUAGCGCCGCCCGCGCAUGUCAUGUGAUGAAUCCAUGAAUCUGCGCUAGGUCGUGUGGCGAAUUCCACGUCGCUCUCCUAGACCCAUGUGGCGCGUUUCCUUCAGUGUUUUCGCGGUGCCGGAGUCGCCCUCAGCUGUUUCCCUGGCGCCUUUGUGAGGCGCAAUCCGAAGAGCGAAGAUGAUGCGGACGGUCGGUAGCCUCUGUCUACUCCUGCUCAUAUUGCAAGGCGUCGUUGGACCUCCCGUGGACAAGCGAAAAAAGGAAGACGUCAAAGAGACGCCUAACCAGGUCGAAGAACAAGAGUUGGGUCUGGAGUAUGACCGCUACCUCCAAGAAGUCGUUAGAGCACUUGAAGAUGAUGCAGAGUUUGCUGCCAAACUGAGGAACGUCAGCAUAGAUGAUAUCAAGAGCGGAGACGUGGCCCACCAGCUGGAGUUUGUGAAGCACAGCGUGCGGAACCGUUUGGACGAGCUCAAGCGGAUUGAGGUGGACAGGCUACGUAGGCUGACCGUGAAAGCCAUGGAGCGAAAGGAGUUUGGCUUGGAUAGGGAUCAGGUGAAGAUGCCCCUUCAUGUCGACUAUCAGAAUCCCCACAGCUUCGAGAUUGAUGACCUGAAGAAGUUGAUUGUGACGGCGACCAAAGACCUGGAGAAGCUGGACGAGAAGCGCAAGGAGGAGUUCAAGGAGUACGAGAUGCAGAAGGAGCUGGAGUACCGGCACAAGCUGGAGAACAUGACGGAGGAGGAGAAGAAGAAGGAGCAGCAGCACCACGAGGAGCUCAAGAGGAAGCACAAGGAUCACCCAGCCGUGCACGAACCGGGGAGCAAGCCUCAGCUGGAGGAGACCUGGGAGAAACAGGACCACAUGAACAAGGAGGACUUCGAUCCCAACACCUUCUUUGCGAUGCAUGAUCUGAACGGGGACGGGCAACUGGAUCAAGACGAGAUCGAAGCCAUCUUGACUCCCGAGGUGAAGAAAGUCUACGACCCCAACAAUGAGGAAGACGAUCCCAGGGAGAGGCAAGAGGAGAUUCAACGCAUGCGAGAGCACGUCGUUCAUGAGGGUGACAAGAACAAGGACGGCAUGAUCAGCCACGAGGAGUUCAUGGACAUGACGCAGAGGAAGGACUUCGAGAGGGACGAUGGCUGGAAGGGCUUGGACGAGCAGCAGAUCUACUCCGAGGACGAACUGAGGGCAUACGAGGAACACCAGCGUCAACUCCAGAUGCAGCAGAUGCACCACAUGCAGCAGCAGGGCUACGGCCCCGACGGGUACCAUCCCAACCAGCUGCAGCCGCCCCAGCACCACGGCGGUCCCGCGCCACCCCCGCAGCAGUACCACGGGCAGGCACCCCAGUACCACCCUCAGCAGGGCGGUCAUCCUCAGUACCAGCCACAUCCGCAGCAGGGCGUGCAGUACCAAGGUGUUCCACACCCACCUUCAAUGGGACAAGGAGGCCAUCCAGACAUUCAGCAGCAGCAGUUGCACCACCAACAGCAGCAGUUCCAUGAUGCCCAGCAGCAACAGCUUCACCACCAGGAGCAGAUGCAGCAGGCCCAUGCUCAGCUUCAGCAACAGCACCUUGCUGCGCAGCAGCAGCAGCCACAGCAUAGUGCGCAGCAGCCGCCGCAGCAUAUCGCGCAACAGUCGCAGCAGCUUCACGCUCAGCAGCAGCACGUUGCCGCACAAGGGGUACCUGUAGCCAAUGCGGGAGUAGUUCAUGGUCACCAGCCUCAACAGGUUCAUCAGCCCGUCGUGGUUCCUGCGGCUGUCGCCGCUCCGGUGCCGACUUCAAGUCACCAGCAGCCGCUGCAUCAGCCCUCCCACAUUCCGCAGCCGCACGUCGCAGCUGCAAGUCACGAUCUGAACCAGCCGCCUGUGCCUCAAGCGCAGGGCAACGCAAUCCACCCCGAAAGCGUCUCCGUCGACGGCCAUCACUGAGCCGGCGUCGGCGGUAGGAACCGCGGCAGGCUCUUCUUCCGAUGGACUCGACGCUCGUUUUCAUCCGCAACCGGGAUUUUCUCGGAGAAAACGGACAACCCCGGACCUCCCCAGUGAUUCUUUUCGUCGACUCUGUGGCGGUGUUGAGUUGGCACGGCGAGGUAUAUCGUUGUACAGGGACAGUUUGGCGGUGCUACUGUGACCGUGACUCCGCUUCUAACAACCGUUGUGGUAAGUUGCCGCCGUAAAAAUGUGCUCCAACAAAACAAAGCAACCUUUGUUGUUUUUUUGUUUGUUUUUUCUCGACGGGUUGCUUAUCUUUUUACGGCGUUCCCCCUUCGGUCGUGUAGAGCGGAGCAACCGAGAAGUGCAAAUCUCGGGGCUCUUGAAUAAAAUUUACGUAGGCGCUGUCUCGAUUGUGCGGGUGCCUAAAUUUUUAUUUAUAGGCUUUUAAAUGUGACUCAGUGGUGGUUGUUUUUGGCCAAGGUACCACAGCUUUGUGCGCGACUCAUUAGGAACAAAUACGAGGGAUAAAUUAAGGUUUCGAUCUCCCUAAUGUUUCGUGGGGACUGGACGGAGGAAUGUGGUAGUAUUUUAGUUAUCGAAGGCUUUCGGUAUGAAAUUGGAUCGGGUAUGCCUUUUGAAGUAGUAUUUGUCUUAAGAAAGAUGAUGGAAGUCUGCAUUUUUUUUUUUACAAGUGGAGCAAACUGUACUCUUGGGAUGUGACCUUUGUUGUGGAAUCCAACCAUGUUGAUUUUUUUAAUUUUAUGAAAAUGACAUUUUGCCUGUCUCGAAUAAAUAUUCUCUGAAUAUUUUA